GACUCGCCGUUUCUUGUCCAUCUUGUGAAGCCAGCAGCAACAGCAGCAGCAGCAGCAGCCCGCUGUGUUGUCAUUCAGGCCUCCGCUCCGAGCGCAUUCACAUGUGUCUGUUCCCUUGUCUCGUCUCCUGCAGCUCGCCGUCGAGGCUUUAAAGCGCUCUGUCUGCAUACUGAGCGGCAGAAGAUCUCGCGAGAGCUCCGGCGGUCGCUCAGGCUGGCCGAGGCUUUGCAGCAGACAGAGGGAGAAGGCAGGCAGGCAGCAUCAUGGCGGACAGAGACAGUGGUAGUGAGCAGGGAGGAGCAGCCACGGGCCCAGGCUUCGGUUCCAUGCACCUAGCGACAGGAGGGGCGGGCUCGGCUUCCGGGCUCCAGCACGAGACACAGGAGCUGGCGUCGAAGCGGGUUGACAUCCAAAACAAACGCUUCUAUUUGGACGUAAAGCAGAACGCGAAAGGCCGCUUCUUAAAGAUAGCAGAAGUCGGGGCCGGUGGAAACAAGAGCCGCCUCACUCUCUCCAUGUCCGUGGCGGUCGAGUUCCGAGACUACUUGGGGGACUUCAUCGAACAUUAUGCCCAGCUGGGUCCGAGCAACCCGGGACUGGUACAAGACGAGCCCCGGCGAGCACUCAAAAGCGAGUUCUUGGUUCGAGAAAAUCGGAAAUACUAUAUGGAUCUGAAAGAGAACCAGAGGGGACGGUUUCUGAGGAUUCGACAGACCGUUAACCGGGGGCCCGGUUUGGGAUCCACGCAAGGCCAGACGAUUGCUCUGCCUGCCCAGGGACUUAUUGAGUUUCGUGACGCUUUGGCUAAACUUAUUGACGAUUACGGUGUAGAGGACGAACCUGCAGAGUUGCCCGAAGGGUCAUCAUUGACUGUGGACAACAAACGUUUUUUCUUCGACGUCGGAUCCAAUAAGUAUGGUGUGUUCAUGAGGGUAAGCGAGGUGAAGCCAACGUACCGCAACUCAAUUACGGUGCCCUACAAAGUGUGGUCCAAAUUUGGGAAUACUUUCUCUAAAUAUGCCGAGGAGAUGAAGAAGAUCCAGGAGAAACAGCGGGAGAAAAGGGCAUGCGAGCUGCAGCAACAAGAGGAGAUGCAGGCGGACGAUGGAGACGAGGAUUGAUAGAUAGCAAAAAAAAGAAAAAACAUGCAAGAGUAAUGAAAAUAACAAGAGAAAUAUAAUUAAAAACUCUACUGUAUAAAGAAAGAAAUCUAAAGAUUUAACUGUAUUGGUUUAACUCCAAGGGAGCAUCACCCACAAUAUAAGAAACCUCCACAACCUGACAGUUAUGACAUGUUGUCACUCAUCGCUGGAUGUUACCCCACUUAUCCACCAUUAAUACAGUUAACAGGCUGCUAAACAAAGUAAUAACAUUAUAUUUGAACAUUGUUUCCUACUUGACAAACAAUAUGAACUGAGUGUUUAUUUCCCUUAUUAACAGAAAACUUUUGUACCAGUUAAAGCUAUUGUAAAAAAAAAAAAAAAAAAAGUCUGCAAUGUUCAAAUGGAAUUAUUGCCGAGUAUGGAGGAAAAACCGUUUCCUUUUCAUGUGAGCUAAUGACUUCAGCACAAAUCAGAUAUUUUAAUUUUUAAACCAAAAUUCAAAAAAACUUUGUAAAAGGUUGUCACAUGUACUUGCCAUCCUAUUUACCUUUACCUGUGAGUAAAGAUGUGUUUACACAUAAAUCAUAUGAGGGCUAGGCCUGCUUUGGAAACUGGUUAGAUGUCAUGCAGUAUAAAAGGAACAUAUAGGCAUUUUCAUCAAAUGAAAUAAGUGCUCUAUUUGUCGUGCAAUAUGCAUUGCAUAAAAAUCAAAUAUAUUGAACUGGUCAAUGGAUCUUGACAUGAUGAUGUUUGCCAGAGGCAUUCAAAGAAAUAUUAAUAUUGUAAUUUUGUUUCAGUUGAAAUUGUUGCCAUGCAGAUGGAUAUAUUAUAGACUACCUUUGU